AUGUCAAGUCUUGAUAUCCCAGCAGAUUUGUUUAAAAAGUUGGUUAGUGUUCUAACCACUUGGCUAAAGACAUUAGAUGAAUUUACUAAGAAAGAAGAGGAGUUCGUUAAUACUUCACGAAAUUUACGAAAUUCUAGUGUCGAUCCCAAAUACUGGGCUACAACAAGUGAAUUAGCGUACUCAGUGGGGAAUAUAUGCGAAUGUUAUAAAAACACAAACCAACAAUCACUUCUGGAACCUUUGAAAAAAAUUUGUGGCAUACUACCCUCUAUAAACGACAUUUUUGUUGAGAGGGAAGAAAUUCUAAAAGAAAUCAACCGGAAAUGUCGAAAAAUUCGGAAACCAGAACUCGCAGAGAAUGGAAAUGAAAUUUCAGGAAGGAAUAAAAAGAUUUCACAAUCAGUUGAUUCGUUAACAAGUCGUUUACACGCUAUUGAAUACAUAAUAAACGUCAAUUUGGUAGAUCUCACUUCAACGUUAGAAGUUUUUUUAUCGUCAUCCUUCCAUGCUCAUCUCGAUUGCACUUACGAAUUUUUCCAAAAAGCAUCGAUAGUCAAUCAACAAAUGUCAGAUUUAUUGAAUACUGGUGAAAGUGAACUCAGUCUGUUAGAUAAAAAAAUGGACGAGGAUAUGAACUCCAUAUACAAGCUUUUACAUCUGAAAUCUGAAAAAUAAUUAAUUCUUGAUUUGUUGACAUUUUGUUGGUUCAUCUUCAUCUUGUUCAGUUCUAUUUUCCUCAGAAUUUUAUUGGUAUGGUGCAAUCUAAUUUGGUUUUUUAUUAAAUACAAUUAUUUUAAAAGAGGUAGAUUGUUUUCUGUUUCCUAACUUACCUCACUAAUGUCCUAACUGCAGUUUUCUUUUAAAUUGAUGAGAAACCACACAACAUAUGAGUUUUGUUAACUUGUUGAACAGACUAGUUCAGAUUACUACUUCAAAUGGACAUGGAUAAUAAUUGAUUAUCCGAUAUCCUGAACACCUGAUUGUCUUAUUUACUUGGUAAUCAAGUUUUGUGAUAUAUUACUUACACCUGUUACCCCUCAUGGAUGAGCAUAGGCCACCCACCAGGACUUCCCAUCAAACUCCGCCCCGAGCAAUCCUUCCCAGUUGCUAUUCUUUUUCAUGUCUGCUUCCCAUUCUCGGCGCAGUGUGUUCUUUGGCCUCCCUCUUUUUCGUUUCCCUUCAGGA